AUACUAAAGGAAAAAGCGUCAUCUAUGAAUGAAACUGCCAAUGCACGGUUAACGAACUGAACUCAACAAUUGUUUUAAAUUAGCAUCAAUUUUAUUGACUUCGCAUUUGGCCGUCGCGAGAAAUGGGUUAUAAAAACAACAAAAAGAUAUAUGAUGUUUCCGAAGUGUUAGAAGUGUUUGGAAAAUAUCAGAUAAUACAAUAUAGUUUGAUAUGUGUAUCUACAGUGUUCAUAUGUAUGAUCGAUAUUAACUAUAUUUUCGUCGCUGGCAAUUUGAAGUAUCGAUGUCGUAUACCCGAAUGCGAAGAUGUUAACUCAACAGCAGAGUUCCCAACUUGGUGGCCCAUUACUACUCGAGAUGCCUGCACUAGACCGGUGUUAAAAGAAGGUAUCUUCGACGCGUGCUCAAACAACAGCUUCAUUGAUAAAGUAGAAGAAUGUACUGAAUGGAUUUACGAGAGUAAUGACACUGUUGUGGCUGAGUUAAACCUGGCGUGUCAGCCGUGGAAGAUCAACCUGAUCGGCACAAUCCACAGCAUCGGCAUGCUGAUAUCUAUGGCCGUGUGCGGGUGGAUGUGUGACAGGUUUGGCCGAAAACCUACCCUGGUAGUAGGCCUUGUGGGCAGCUGCAUGGGCCAGUUUAAGACAUUGGCCACCACAUGGCCAGUUUAUGUGACAGUCGAAUUUCUAGAAGCUUCGAUGUCAGGCGGCACCUACACAACUGCGAUGGUUCUCAUGCUAGAGAUAUGCGGGCAAAGCAAGCGAAUUCUCUCAGGAGUACUAUUUUCGUAUUUCAUAUACUCCGGGGAACUCUUGUUCGCUUCUAUCGCGAUGUUCGUCCCCUAUUGGAAAAAUAUUGUUCGCAUCAUUUACACGCCUUGCAUCUUCUUCUUUUGCUACAUAUUCCUAAUCCACGAGAGCCCUAGAUGGCAAAUUGUCAAAGGGAAAACAGAAGAAGCAAAAAAGAACAUGUUACUAAUAGCUAAAACAAACAAAGUUAAUCUUAACACCGAAGAAUUUAAAAAUAUUGACGGCGCUAGUUUGAAAGACAAGUUUAAUAUUAAAGAGCAUGAAGUAAAAGAGAGUAUAGUGAACGUAAUUACUUCUAAAGAGAUCUGGAAGCGAUUAUUGGUGGCAGCGGUUUGUAGGUAUACCGCCAGUUUUGUGUACUACGGGCUGAUGGUUAACUCUGUGUUCCUGCCUGGUGAUAAGUACGUGAACUUCCUGCUGUCGACUGUGAUGUCGUUCCCCGGGGAACUUAUCUGCUUGUACUUGAUGAAUAAGAUUGGAAGGAAGCUACCUUUAAUGGUUGGAUUUAUCAUGAGCGGUGUUUUCUGCAUCGCCUCGGGAUACGUGUCUGAUUCGUACACGUGGGGUAAGAUCAUUCUGUUCCUGUUCGGUAAGAUGAUAAUAUCCGCAUGCUUCACUGGUGCCAUUACUUACACCAUGGAGUUGUUCCCGACGAGCGCGCGCGGCUCCCUGCUGGCGAUGAGCUCCUUCACAUCAAGAGUGGGGGGCAUGCUCGCGCCUUUGACGCCUAUGCUGAACUCUUACUCCGAAGCCGUUCCUUCUAUAUGCUUCGGGGCAUCAGCUCUGCUAUCAGGCGUUCUGCUGACCCUUACUCCUGAGACGAAAGACCUUCCUCUAAUGGACACCGUACAACAAGUCGAAGACAGCGUGAAAAAGAAGAAGGAAUUGAUAUAAAGAUAAUAUCGGCUAUAUGAAUAAUUAAACACAUUAUAAACACUG